UGCUUUACCUGGAAACCCUAGCUUCCCAAUUCUUUCCCCAAUCAGAAACCCCCAAGAAACCCGAAUUAUUAUUUUUGUUACUUUCAAAUCUUUUUUUUACUCCAUGGCGAGAAAGCGAAAGCAACGAUUCUCCGAGCCCGAACCAACCAAAACAAAGCCAGAUCAUCAACCAAUCCAAGAAGAAGAGCAACAGAAACGACCCGAGUACAUAACCGAAGAAGAUCCGAAUCCGAAAGCAGAAGAAGAGGAGCAACUACAAGAAGUGGAAGAGGAAGUAGAAGAAGAAGUAGAAGAGGAAGUUGAAGAGGAAGAAGAGGAGGACGAGGAAGACGAUGAAGAAGAAGUUGAAAACCAAACCCUAGUUGGUUCCUCCAACGCCGCCGUUCAAAAUGGAGAACAAGAAAAGGAAUUGGACGACGAGCCAGUCGAGAAACUUCUAGAACCAUUUGGGAAAGAUCAGUUGAUUAUCCUUAUUAAGAAAGUGGUCGACAAGCACCCGGAAUUUAUCUCGUCGGUUCGGGAGUUCGCGGAUGCGGACCCUGCCCAUCGGAAGAUCUUCGUUCAUGGGCUCAGUUGGGAUGCCACUGCUGAAACUAUCACUGCUGAGUUUUCUAAAUAUGGGGAAAUAGAAGAAUGCAAAGCAGUUACCGAUAGGGUUUCUGGUAAAUCCAAAGGUUAUGCUUUUAUUCUAUUUAAGCAUCGGAGUGGGGCACGGCGGGCUCUGAAACAGCCCCAGAAGAAGAUUGGGAAUAGAACUACUUCUUGCCAGUUGGCUUCGCAAGGACCGGUUCCGGCACCGCCUCCAACUGCUCCGCCUGUUUCUGAGUAUACCCAGAGGAAGAUUUUUGUUAGUAAUGUGUCAGCUGAAUUAGAACCGGAGAAGUUGCUUGAGUUUUUUGAACAGUACGGGGAAAUUGAGGAAGGUCCGUUGGGGCUUGAUAAGCUGACUGGGAAGCCCAAAGGGUUCGCCCUUUUUCUAUACGGGUCGACUGAGAGUGCAAAAAGGGCCCUAGAGGAGCCUCAUAAGAAUUUUGAAGGUCAUAUUUUGCAUUGCCAAAAGGCCAUUGAUGGGCCGAAACCGAGCAAAAGUGGUUAUGGAGGAGGUGCUUCUGCUGGGCAUCAUCAACUGUACCAGCAGCAUCCGCAAGGACAACAUCAGAUUCAGUCUCAUUACCAUCAUGCUAAGAAGGGAAAGUAUUCGUCUGGUGGAUCAGAGACUGGUCAUUUGAUGGCUCCAUCUGGGCCUGCCGCAGUGGUGUUCAACCCUGGAGUUGCUGCUGCUGGGUUUAACCCUGGGGUGGCCGCUGCUGCACCGGCUUUAAACCCAGCUCUUGGACAGGCUUUGACUGCAUUACUGGCUAGUCAGGGAGCUGGUUUGGGGCUUGGUAAUCUGCUUGGAGGGCUUGGUGGUGCCCCUGUGAACCAGGGAGCACCUGCUGCAGGGUAUGGGAAUCAAGUUUCAGGAGGCUAUGGAAGCCAGAUUGGAGUGCAGAGUGGGUAUCAGAACCCACAGAUGGGGCAGGGCAGCGCCAGUAGGAAUCAACCUGGUGGCGGUGCACCUUACAUGGGGCACUAGGUACAAUGGCUUUGUAGUCCUGACCGCUGCUUUAAUGCUUAGUGUAUUCUUAACAGUAGGUAUUUGCACCUCCAGCUCCAACCAACAUCCAACCCCCUUCUGCGAUUCCCUCCCCCAUGUAUUUGUCUCAUUGGUUGAGAACCUUUGCCAUAGAAAUGGAAAAAAAAAAAGGAAGUUGCCGGUGUUCUUUCUGGCAAUGACUUGUGAAAUAGCUUCUUUGUUGUUGAUGAGAAAUUUUUGUUCAUGUAAAAUUAGAAAACAAGUUCUGAACUAUGAUUUGUGACCUUUAGAGGAAUCAGCUAACUUAAUGUUCUGAGAUGCCCACCGAUUGUGUUGUUUUCGACAUGGAAGUUCUUAGAUAUGGUUAUGCAUGACCUGUUAUUUAUUGCAAAAAUUUGUGAAGUAACUCGUCAAAGCCUUCUUGACAAUAUGUGCCCAACAUGUCUGAAAAUUGUACCUUCGUCUUCUUUGAGGGACUUGGAUUCAUGGGGAAAGAAUUUGUUUCUAGGUGAGUUGAUGGAACAGGCAAAGCAUCUUUUCGUCAAAGGUACGAAGCUUCAAGCUGGUCUUGGUUGCACCUGUCUGAACCUCUCCUAAUGCCUGCCUGCCUGCCUGCCUUGAUCUUAAAAUUGUAGCGUGAUUGAUGCCAAUUGGUUCUUAAAAAGAAACAAUUUGAAAAGGUUCAAGUGUCCGAAACGAAUUUUUAGAUCUGUGAAUUUCGCAAUAUCAAUUUUGCAAAAAAAGAACAAAUUUUUCAUGGCAAUUAGGUUAGGUACGAUGAAAAAAGCCGCAUUGUGAAGUGGAUUAUUCAUCUGUUUGAAAUGAAAUAAAAAAAGUAUGAAACAUGUUUGAAUCACAU